AUGGUCCCACAAUCAAGAUCGGGAUCAUUCUCUCCACAUCCUUCACAGUUACUGCAGACAGGAUCAGGGCACUCGCCCCAUACAUCGCAACCCGCUGCGUUGAGUGCGGGCGCCAGUCCUAGUACGAGCAGUCCGACAGGACCCAGUCCCCUGGUCAAAAUCGCUGUUGCCCAAGUUUAUCUUCUCCUUGGUGCUAUCAAGGAGGACAAGGACCGCGCAAAGUGGGAGAUACAAGCAGAACAAUUGCAAAAGCUCAUUGAUGAACACGGAAUGGAGGUCUUUACCAAGUAUUUCGCGCGCCUCGUCGCCGUUCAUGCCGCCCACAUCUUCCAUGGACAGCCACGGGCCGGAGCCAAUGGCAACUUCCAUCUGUUGGUGACGGAGAUGCAGAAAAUAUCUCAUGACGUUCACCAGGCCAACAAGAUUGCCGAAUCCAUCGAAACGGGCACAGAAGACAUAUUCCGCGACUUUGAUAUGUCCACAUUCAUGGAGGCUUUCAAGUUGGAUGCCCUGGAGAAGACGAUGCUGGCGUUAGCCUUCAAAAUGGGGUCUAGGUCCGACCUUAAGACGAAGGCUGAUGCUAUCCUGUCCACGAAUUUCCCUACAUUCGUCAAUAUCCUUGCCCGACGCGAUAUAGAAGAGCAUUCGGACCUUACAGACCAAUUCAUCGCCGUGCUCGUUGAUCGCUUCAUCCAAUACCAGCCACCCAGUUUCAAUGCGGCAUCUAAGGCCGAACUUGCGUACAAGGUACAGGCAAGGUGGCACGGGGAUCAAGCACCGCCGCCCUCCGAAGUACUCGCGGCGCUCGAUCUGGUCAGGGUACUGGCCGAUAAACCUCCGAAUGCCCUCGCCACAUACAUUCAAAGAACCGGCGUCGAGUUCACCCGAGACGAAGAGAUCUGCUCAUCGCACCUGCAGAACCGCCCGCAGAACGUUCAACUGAGUGAAGAGCAAGUUUCCAUUGCCCUCAUGUACAGCACGAUUAGUCAGUCCCCGCUCUACGAUCCCUCGAUCCUUGCCGCAUCUCUACGUCGAGUUCUUCCUCCGUCUUUCAGGUGGCAGGACGUGGUUUCGUAUCUGGACCAGAGAUCCGCCCGGAUUUCGUCCCAACAGUUCCUGCGCUUGUACAACUCGUUGUUGCCAAUUGCACAAGAUGAUCAAACGUUUGACAUCCAAAAGUUGUGGGGUGGGAACUGGGAGCACCCAGAAACUCAACUGUCCUUCAUUUGCGCAUUCGCUUCUCUACAACCCGAUCAGCUUGACGCUAGCACCAUCCCGGGCCUGGUACCGACGCUCACCCUGGACACAUAUGCGCAAUCACCCCCCGAGGUUCAACAACGCGCAGCGUUCGCCGUCAAGCAUGCUUUAGUCUCGGUCGAGGCGCUGUCUGCCGUAUUUCACGUCGCCUUGCACUCUGUUCACGCGUCGCAAAGCGUUGAAGCCAAGCGCCUAUUCCAAGAGGUUGUUGUGCCAAAUCUGGAUAUCUUUGUCGUCUCUGCGUUCGGAGUACCAAAGCCUUGGCCGACCAUGGCGGUGGACACGCUGAAUUCCCUUUUCGAAAGCUUCUUGUACAAGCGGUCAACGGAAUAUGACUUCGUCCUCGACAGUUUGUGGAAGAAGGACAAGGAAUGGGUGAUCCAGCGGUUGGUCGAGGCCCACGCCAUCAAGCCGACCGACCUCCCUCUGAUUUUCGAGCACGCAAUGAAGCACAAGUGGCUCGACGAGCUCGUGUAUCUGCCCAACGGUUUUGGUCUCGACCUUGCCGCGCUUUCACACGCCGAACGUUAUUUGGACCUGGUCAGCUGGGCUCGCCGCAACUCCGAGAGAAGCAACGAGAUUGCCCGCUCCUUGCUGCAGUUCUUACUAAUUAAAGCGAAUCUUGAAUUGCAAUACCAGCGCCCUCCCGACGGUCAACCCGCAGUCAAGUCCAGCACAACUCUCCAAGUGCGAACGGUAGCCGCUUUCUUGCAAAUCUUGGAAGAUUUUUUGCCAAAGACACCCCUGCAAGAUCUCAUCAUGGUGCAAAGGUCUUGCAUCACUGUUUAUCCAAGGUUGAUCAACUAUGGCGAGGGUUUCGACGACAUCAUCGAUGCGAACGGCAAAGACGGAAACGCCCUCCCCCCCGCGGCCAACAGCAAGAUGGAAGAACAUUACAAGAAGAUGUACGGCGACGAGAUUCAAGUCCGCAACAUUGUCGAGAUUCUUGAUCGAUACAAGCACUCUCGCGACUCGCUGGACCAAGACGUGUUCGCGUGUAUGAUCCACGGCUUGUUCGACGAGUACGCCCAUUACGUCGAUUACCCACUAGAGGCGCUUGCGACGACCGCGGUAUUGUUUGGCGGCAUCAUAUCCCAUAAGCUUAUCUCAGAUUUGCCGCUGAAGAUUGGGCUUGGAAUGAUCCUAGAGGCCGUAAGAGAUUAUCUUCCGGAAGAUUCGAUGUACAAGUUCGGACUACAGGCCCUGAUGCAGCUGUUUUCUCGCUUCCGAGAAUGGCCCGGCUUCUGCCGACAAUUACUCCAGAUUCCUGGUCUCCAAGGUACUGAAGCCUGGAAGAAAGCGGAAGACGUUGUCAGAGACCACGAGGAAGAGCUUGUCCGAUCGCGUAACGGCAUUGCGGCGCCUGCUCAUGGUCUUCCUUUCAAUAGCGAGCCAUUGACGAAUGGCAAUACGACGGAGGUCAGAAGUACGGAGCGUCAGCCACCCCCGUUCACAUCCAUCAAUGCCUCGGAGCAUUCUCCUGGAGUCGAUUGCGAAGAGCCCUCGAGUGAUACACAAGGCAAGAUCCAGUUUGUCCUCAAUAACCUAACGGAGAUGACUCUUCAGACAAUGUGUCAGGAACUGCGGGACAUCUUGGAGCAUCGCUAUCAGCAAUGGUUCGCGAGCCAUCUCGUUGAGGAGCGAGCCAAGAUGCAACCCAAUUACCACCAGGUCUACCUUGAACUGGUCAAGCUAUUCGAAGACCAGGUGCUAUGGGGCGAAGUCCUGAGGGAGACAUAUGUCAGUGUUGCCCGCAUGCUCAAUUCAGAGGCCACCAUGCAGAAUUCGACCGAUCGUUCUCACCUCAAGAACCUCGGUGGAUGGUUGGGUCUUCUGACCUUGGCACGCGACAAGCCGAUCAAGCACAAGAACAUUGCUUUCAAGCAGUUGCUGAUUGAGGCCCACGACACCAAGAGGCUCAUUGUCGUUAUCCCUUUCGUCUGCAAGGUUCUUCUCCAAGGCGUUAAUUCGACUGUUUUUCGACCACCCAACCCCUGGCUCAUGGACAUCAUUCACUUUCUCAUCGAGCUGUAUCAUCAUGCUGAGUUAAAGCUGAAUCUCAAGUUCGAGAUUGAGGUUUUGUGCAAAGGUCUAAAUCUCGACCACAAGAGCAUUGAACCCUCUGGAGAAAUUCUCAACCGCGCGACCGUUGAGGACACUCAUGAGUUGCUUUCUCAAGACACACUGGAGACGUUUGAGAAUCUAUCUCUGAAUGGAAUCUCUACCGGCGUAACAACCGGCCUUUCGCCUCAGGUUAUCACCGCUUCCAUUCCAGACCUUGGUCCGCUUAUCCACAUACCGCCCACGAACGAGAUGGUAGUUACCGCAACGCGGCUGCACGAGAUCGUCCGCACCGCUCUCACCAGGGCUUUGCAGGAUAUCAUACAACCCGUGGUAGAUCGUUCUGUCACCAUUGCUGCCAUUUCCACGCAGCAAAUGAUUCACAAAGACUUUGCGACUGAGCCUGACGAGGCCAGAGUCCGAACAUCGGCAAUCAGCAUGGUGAAGGCGACGGCUGGAAGCCUAGCGCUCGUGACGUCUAAGGAGCCUCUGAGGGCCAACUUUACAAAUUAUAUGCGAAACCUGUCGAAUGAUCUCCCGCAGGGACUACCCGAGGGAACGAUUAUUAUGUGCGUCAACUCAAAUCUGGAUCUAGCCUGCAACAUCAUCGAGAAACAGGCGGAGGAGAGGGCCGUGCCCGAAAUUGAAGAAAUGAUCGAGCCCGAGUUGGAGGCUAGGCGCCGGCAUCGUCUUCAGCGGCCCAACGAGCCAUACGUGGAUGCCUCGCUCAGCCGAUGGGCCUGGACUAUUCCCAACCCAUUCAAGCUGUCGCCAAGUAUGGGUGGCUUGAAUCCUGAACAAAUGGCUAUCUACGAAGACUUUGCUCGCCAGCCUCGCACCACCACAUCAAGUGCUCCGUCACAUGUGCCUUCGGCUUCUGAUGCAACCCGGUCGCUUGCCAACGAAGUUCUCCAGGAUCAAUUUUCCACAGUGCCCAGCCUAGGCGCGGCUACGGAGCCGCCGGCUGUCCAGCAUCUCGGCUCCCAGAUCCAACAAUACGCCCCGGUACACAACGGAGCGAUGGCAACCACAAGACCCCAGACAUUCCCAAUGGAUGGCCGGGCAUUAAUCGACCGUGUUCAGAAGUUGCUUAUGGAGCUCCAGCGUGUUGCGACCGAAGCCCGCGAGGAGCAUUUUGCAGACCUGCCCCGGCCUCACCCUGUUCUUGAUGUCGUCGACGCCUUGGUCCAGCAUAUGAUCAAGGCAUCGCAGACUUCCGAAGAGUUUGCCAUAUACGCAGCCGACCAAAUCAUCCAGAUCAUCUUCACUCAAGUUGAGGACAACUUGGCCUUGGAGAGCUUGGUUCAUGUGCUUGAGACAUUGAGGAAGAUAUCUGGCCCAACGCUGAACAAUCGCGUCACUGCUCUGUUCCGGCAGCAGCCCGGAUCGACCUUUCUAACUUUGCCACUCCUUGCGGCGCUGUUGCGCACAGAUCUCCUUGAUUGGAGAAACAUUGACCUAUCAAUGUCCAAGGUCCUGCAACAGAGGAAAGAAGGUUCGCUGGAGUUCUUGGAGCAGAUGGUGGACCUUACACUUCUGGGCAAUCGACCGAUGGCGCUCUACGGAGACUUCGUUCGAACGCUUGAGACCGCUUGGUCUUGGAUACAAGAUGACCCAGAAUCGCCGAUUGCCCAGCGCUUGAAGGCAAAGCUUUCCGGCCAAACAUUGCCGCAGACUGCGCACCAGGAGGACGACAGCGCCAUUCAGCAGGACCAGAUGGAGUAUGUUUUUGACGAAUGGAUUCAUCUCUGCAAUAACCCAAACGCGUCAGAGAACUCUGCCAUCUUGUUUGUUCAGCAAAUGCAGAUCAGGGGCGUGAUCAAAACCAAAGACGACCUCUUCCUGUUCAUUCGGAUCGCGACAGAUAUGUCGGUGGACAGAUUCGAACACUUUCUUCAUACAACAGGGACUUUAACAGAUGCCUUCCUCGCUAUUGACGCCUUGGCCAAGGCGAUUAAUACCUUCAUCCGGCUCCAUGGCGAAACGGAGCCUACCCCAACCCCCAGCCGUGCGGUCUAUUUGGACUCCAUUCUGGCUUUCGUCACCCUCGUCCUCAAUCACCAUCAUGUGCAGCGCUCAGAACACUUCAAUCAGAGGGUGUUCCAUCGUCUCUUGUCGGUCCUGCUCUACGAGAUCAGUUCAACCGCAGAGCAGCUUCCUGAGGCUGAGAGGUCUGAAAUGUUCCUCAAAUUCGCUGCCAGACUUGAAGACCUUGGGCCAAAGUUCCUCCCCGGCUUUGUUUUUGGGUGGCUUUCGCUUCUCCAGCACCGCUCGUUCUUGCCCACAAUCAUGAAAGAUCGUGCUGGAUGGGUCGCGUUCACCAGGCUCUUGCAGCUGCUUCUGGAGCAUGUCGGAGAGCAAGUCAAGGCGAUCGAGCCUUCUAAUGUGGCACGAGAGAUUUAUCGCGCGACGCUGAAGCUGCUCGUCAUUCUGCAGCACGAUUACUCCGAGUACUUGGCUGCUCAUUCGCACCAGCUUACAGCCAGUGUCCCGCCUCACUGUAAACAAUUGCUCAACGCCAUCCUGACGGCGAACCCAGCGGCCCAUCCCAAGAUGCCCGAUCCAUCGUUCCCUGGCUUGCAAAUUGACCGGUUAGAUGAGGUACGGGACUCGCCUGACAGCCUAGACAACUCUGCAGUUAUUUUACGAGACUCGGGCUUGCUUGAAGUUCUUGACCACGCGCUGCAAAACGGCCCCUCGGAAGACACUUUGGCACACAUUACUCGGGCCAUUGUUGAGAGCCCAAGAGCUGACACCGGCUUCGGACACGUGCCUAUCAAUGCCAACCUACCGGUGAUUGAGGCAGUCACUCUACAUGUCGGUAAUCAUGCUGUCGAGCAAUCAACGCAAAAGGGUACCGAUGUCUUCAACCCGGCCUCAUCAGAUGUGGCUGUCAUGUCUCUACUGCUCCACGAGCUCCCGCCCGAGGCGCGUUACUAUCUCAUCACCAGCCUAACCAACCAGCUUCGAUUUCCGAAUGCCCACACCAACUACUUCAGCCGCGUGUUACUGGAAAUCUUCGGCCAAGACAUGAACGAUCCGGAGGAGACGGAGAUUCGGCAGCAAAUUACUCGAGUACUUUGGGAGCGCCUCAUUGGCUACUGGCCUCAGCCGUGGGGUCUCAUGGUGACGGUUGUCGAACUGCUUAAGAACGAGAAGUACAUGUUCUUUGAUCUCCCCUUCGUGAAGUCCAACCCAGAGAAACGCGUUCAGGUCAUUGAACGAUUUCACGCCAUUUUGCAGCGCGCCUAA